GAAUGCGUUGGGUAGGAAAACGAACAUGGGUUUGUUUAUGGAGCCUUGCAAAACUAAACAGAAGAAGAUAUUUUAUGUUGCAAAAAGAAUUAUUAUCAACUAGAGUUUGGAAGUGGUUGGAUGAUAACAAUAAUUAA